UAGCAUGACAUCAACGAAAACACAUUGUAAGUUGUGAUACAAGAUAUUGUGUUUGUGGUGAUAUCAUCAAAAAAGAAGCAUAGAAAAGAUAUGACGAUGCUUUAAAUUAUCUAGACAAAUUGUUUCGAGUGAAAAUUGUGAUACUGAAGAAGUACUUUUGGAGAUGCAGGUGUAAACACUCGUAAAGCAAGUGCGUCAAGGGAGAUUACUCUGGUAUAAACACAGAGGGUGACAACUGAAGAGGAGGCAUUUAUAAAGAUUCUCUUGAUCAGCAGUAGUACAAUAAAAUGCCCUUUGUCUUGAUUAGUACACAAAUAAGACUGGAAACUGGUCCAACGGUUUGUGGAGAUGAAUGGAGUGAUCCAGAGUUAAUGGAAUAUCUUGGAGCCAAAUUAACAAAAGCCCUAGGAAAUAACUUCAAAGAAUACAUUUCUGAAGACCCAGUGAGGAUUAUACUGGACAAGCUAGAGAAGAGAGGAUAUAAAGUGAUAGCCAUGACUGGCCUUGGCCAAACCUGUAUAUGGACACUCCAAAAGGAUUCACAGGAUUCUUAGGAUUGUGUUAUGAAUUAAACAUGUCAAAAUAAAUAUUUUAUUAGUGAACAUACUGUGCAAUUUAUAUUGUGCAGGAUUGAAAUGUUUAUACAAUAUUACAUAUCUAUACACAUUCCACAAAUGCUUGGAUAAUGCAAUGUUUAACGAUAAUAAAAAAAAUCUAUCACAAGUUCAUUGUUAAUUAAGUCUGAUGCAUUUUGAAAUUUUGUCCAAUCUAUAGUAAAAUUUUGUGCAAUCUAUGGUAAAUCUUCUCCAAUCCAUGGUGAAAUUCAGCAAGAGGCUUGUUUCCAAAAAGUUGACUUAUUACUCUCCCUUGCAAGCAUUUUUGAAUUAAAAAAGUUAGAUCCUCCAAGUUUUAU